GCUAAAUUGUUUUAAACGUCGCUGAAUUAACAGCACUGGCAAAAGGAAAACUUUCGUUUUCCGACACAAAAAAUUACUAAAAUAGUGAAAAUUUGUAUAGAUUUUUUCAUUUUACUGCAAAUAAAAACAAUUAAAUAUACAAAAUAUUAGCAUAAUAACUCGGAGUGUUCAAUUUAGAAGGCGUCAAGCACGCUAAAAUUGUGAAAAAAAGAGGGUGCGGCUAAAUACGCCACAUUAAAUUAAGAAAAAACAAUUUUGAUUGUUGAAAAAAAAUUUGUGUUCACUGAAAAAAGAUUUUUUACGUCGUCGUCGUCUUCAUGGACUGCUGCUGCUACUGCGGUUGUUGUAGGAAGAAAGACGACGCCACAGUGUAAGAGACUCGCACAAAAAAGGACAGCCAAGAAAUAUUUUCCAACGCAAGAUAAAAACUAUUAUGGAUCACAAGAAGUCGCCAGUAAGAAGAAAGCGACAAUCGAAAGUCAUUGAAGAAAAUUUCUGGGACUGCAGUGUUUGUACGUACAGGAACUCGGCCGAGGCAUUUAAAUGUCGCAUGUGUGACGUACGUAAAGCAAAAGUGAUAAAGAAGGCGGCAUUUGGGGGUGGUACUUCUACACGUAAACCACGCCUUAAUUCAGCGCUCGUCGCCCAACAAGCUGCCACAUUACCCGGUGCAUCUGGAGCCAUGCCAAACGGCAAUAAAUCCGCAUCCGGCUCACGCCACAGUAGCUCCGGCCACGAUAAACACAAGCAUAAAAAAUAUCCAGCCCGCUUGAAAAAUGUUGAUCGGUCAACGGCCCAAACAAGAGAAGUCACCGUCAAUUCAGUGACCGUAUUCAUUACGGAAUACAAGCCAAAACCUGUGGGCAGUAGAAGAGAAUCAAGCGAGCAAAGUUUUAGUGAAAGUAAUGAUUCUCGAAGUUAAAUUUUUGUUUCUUUAUAAGAUAAAAUUCAAUAUCAAAAUAAAAAUAAUAACAGAGCAGAGCAAAUGAUUACAUAGAAAACAACAGCCACACACAAACACACACUUUACUACCACGACUCCCCCCAAAAAAAUAAUAAAACAAAACAACAAAGGAUUAAACAGAAAUAUGAAUGAAAAUUAAACAUAAUAAAAAGUAAAUAAUAUAUUAUUCACUACAAACUCUCUAAUGCCGUCAUUAUCAUCAUCAAAACAACAUGUAUCUUCAUGUAUCAUUAUUAUAUCAUCAAUUUUAAGGGAUUCCAAGGUAAGAGCCAGAGACAAACAUUGAGAUGUGUUGUCUAUCUAAGGAGAAUGUUAAUAGUUUAUCUUUUAUUUUUUAUUAUUAUUAUCUAAUUAUUAUUAAUAACAAUUAUUUUAAUUUAGGCAAGUUUAUUAUAGAUUUUUAAUAAUAUUAAGUAUGUUUAAGAGAUUAACUUCACUAAAUACAUAUUAUUAUUUAGAACUAAAUUGUUUAAAAUUUUUAUUUGGUUAAACAGCAACAGUGUAUUUAAGACUUUAGGAUAGUAAUAAUAACUGUUCUAUUGGCUCAGAUUUUUUAUGCGCCGUAAGCUAUCAAGUCGGUCCCAGUAUAUCAUUCUGAUACAAAUGGGAAUUAUUACCGUAUUUUGCUUGUUUAAAGAGAUAUCUACAAUUUCUCUCAAAAUAAAAAGGUUUUCAGUUAUUAAAUUGAAUUCAAAAUUUGAGACUACUCCGAACACGCCUGUAAAGAGUGCUCUUCCAAGGACUAAGACUGGUCCAAAACUAAUCCAAAUAUAUGGAAAUAUUAACUUCAUUUAACAUUGGGAUGUCCUAGGUGAGGACCACGUAAUAAAUAUUAAUUACAUGGGACUAAUCCCAAAACUAAUCUCUUGCUAAAAUUAUGACAGUACAUGAUUCGCAACAUGGUCAUAUGUAAUGUAGGUUAUGAAUCACGUUGUUUUCCAAAAAAAUAAAUAUAAUCCAUGCCUGCAUUACAUAGGACUACAAAACGGAUCAUGUACUCCAAUAAUGUUGCAUUAGUUAUACCCAUGAAUUCAGUACCCAAUUAGAUUUCUAAUCUGGAAUCAAACGAUUCCCAAUUCACAGGGAAGAACUUUCAUAUUAUUCAAAUAUUUAUCUAAAUAACUAUGAAUAAUAUUUAUAGUAAAUCAAAAAGUUCUAUUAUUGAGAUCAUUUCGAAAUGAAAUAAAUUAAUUAAUAAUUAAUUCCUAAAACUGUUAAAAACACUCGUUGUAAGCUGUUUAACUAAAUAAAAAUUUAUCAAAUAAAUUUGUGUAUAAUUUGAAAAUGUUGUAAAAAUGCAAAAAUAAUAAAUUUCAAAAAUAUUAAAGAAAUAUUCUAUGUAAAAAGCUUAAGAUAAUAAAUUAUAAAGCAAAAUUAACAAAAAACCAUAUUUUUAUUCAAAAUUUUAUUAAGUUUUUAUUUUCAAAAAAACGAACUAAACAAAAAUUUUUAAAAUUUGUGAAACUUGUAUAUUUUUUUUCAAAAUAUUGUUGUAAAUAGUAUAUUAUUAGUGUAAAAUUUUAUAAUAAUUUAUUAUAAUUUAAACAUUUAUAAAAAAAACACCGUGUCAAACAUUAAAAUAAUUUCGUAGUUUUUUAAAUAAUUUCUUAAAACAGAAAAAAGGAGAUUUUUAAAGAUCUUAGCAAGCAAAAAGUUAAAUUGUUAUUUUAUGGUUAAAAAAAUGAUUUUAAAUUUUAACUAGUUCGGCUAAGAUUGAAAGCUAAAUACUGAUAUUAAUCUAAUCUUGAACGAAUAAUGGGCAAAAUCGUUUUAAGAGUUGUGCAAUGCUAACGAAUACUUCCAUACACAUAUUAAUACAGUUUUGUUUUAUUCGAAAUUGCAAGAAAGAAGAAUUUGGUCUCAAAUUAAACUUAAAUUAUAUUUCCCUGUAUCCGUUUGAUUUAAAGAAUAUUUUAAUAAAUUUAAAAAAUUUUCGAAAAGAAAAAGAAUUUUCGAAAAGUUUUUAAAAGUCUUUAUAAAUUUAAAAAUUACACAGAGACCAAAGGAUUGAUCUCCAAAAUAAAUUCAAAAUUUCUCCAUCACACCAUAUUUUCCAGAUAUUGUGUCCUAAAGUUUGAACUAACCCGUUUUUCAGUAGUUUUCAAAAUAAAUGUUAUCUUCUACGAGAUAACAUAUUCAUUGAGCUGAUUCAAGGCAGCUCAAUCCUAUAAAUUGGUCUCUAGGUUUUGAAAUUUUUUUUUAAUUUUUUAAAGAAUUUAAUUUGUAAACAUCUUUGAGAAUUAUCGAGAUCUUUUAAAAUCUUCUUGACAAGUCGAAAUCUUAAUCCCAUAAUUAAAAAAGCAGUUUAUUAAAAACAAGUAAAAAUUUUAUAAAAAGAAAGACUGAUUAUAUGCAAAAUCAACAACAACAA